AUGGUAAUCGAGGAAAUCCCCGUCGGCCUCUUGAGUAUCCAGGAAAAGCGCGAAACAUUCGCUAAUGCUGAAACAGGCGUCUACUGGGACGUGGAGGAUUUCCCAGUCACCGAUAUUUCUCGUUUUUGUAAGAAGAUCAGAUUAGCUCUUCGUAGAGCGGGUUAUCAUGGUAAAGUGUCAAUUACGGCUUAUGGUGACAAGAAAGAGUCUAGAUAUGAGGAUGCGGGGAUCACCUUUGUAUCCAGAGGCUCUAAACGUGCUAGAAAUCAUAGGAUGUUACUGGACAUUCAUUGUUGGGCAGCGGAAAAUCGUACUCUUGCACCAACAAACCUGAUGGUAAUMACUAAAAACAUCAUGCGGGAUGAAGACGAUGAAGACACUCAAUUUGUCUGCUCUCUCGAAGAUUUGCUUUGUUCAAGCUACAAUGUUCUCUUAGCAGUGCCGGAUGAUUACCAACUAGAAAAGAUACCAUUUAAGUUGGACUCGGUAUGGCUUUGGAGUGCACUACUUCGUGGAAAAAGUCAUCUAGACGAGAGCCUAAUAGUUCGACAACCACCACAGGAGGAGGUAGAGAGCGUUUGUCCUAUGUGUGAAAAAUAA